CACUGCGUGAAAAAUGGAGCGGUAGCUAAAGAAAAGUAAAAGACAGCGAUAUAACGCAAAGAAAACGGCUUUUGUCCGCUACUUUCAGCGAAUUUUUAUUUUGUUUCAACGCAACAUCAACAAGAAUUAACAAUAACGACGUUAAUCAAUCAACCAACUAUACCAAGCCCUAAUGCCAAUCCGCACUCUAUUUACCAGGAAAGAACGGGAAAAAGGUGUAAAGUAACAAUCUAGGAUCCAGAGUAUUCUUUAAUCAAUCAGCACACCUACUUUUGAAUGUAUGCGUGUGUGAGCAGAUAUUAUCCCCCCGAUAGAAUAAAUUCGUAUAAUUUUUUUUCUGUAAUGUGUGAAACAGCAGAUGGUAGAUUCUCAGGAACUAUCACCACCAACAACAACAACAAAAGUCAGAUCUUAAGCCAGGAUUUCUACAAAGUAUUUAUUUGUACUACAACUACAGCUCGGAGCUUGGAAAAGUACGAAGUUGUAUGCGAAAGCAGCAACUGCAAUUACAUGCGCAGCGUUCAUCAAGCGGCUUAUUAGCAUCAAUUUAUUGUUAAAAACUUGGACACAAUAUAUAGGAUUUUUGCCAUUGCAACAAAAUAUUUAAACGGUCGAUUUAGUUGUAAAAAGAAGUGAUAGAAAAACUCAGGAAAAAAAGCAAAAAUUUCUCAUAUAUAAGCACUGCGCAAUUUAACAGCUGCUAUCAACGCAACAGCGAAACAUAAUUACGUUCUGCACAGCGCAAAUCAGCCAAAUCAGUAGCAACAGUUUCCGUAUAGAAACGCAAAAGAACGCAGAUUUUGUGGCCAACAAUCCUGGAAAUUUUAAAAGGAGGAAAGCGAAAUUUUCAUAAUUUUUCCAAUUGAAAUUAUUGCAGAAUUCUUAAAAAGUACACAGUAGUGUGUCUUGGCUUUUUUUUUGGGAAAAUUUACCGAAAAACUUCGACGUUUAACAUUACAGCUAUGUGGGUGCCACCAUUUUGAAAAACGAGAGAAAAUAAAACACAACAAGAAAGUUUAAGAAAAAAAAAAAAAGCCACACAACUGCAGUAAAUUGAGAGAGACAUUGUGAAACGAAUGUGCAAAAAAAAGCUAGAGAGCCUAAGUACAUUUACGUCGUAAAAAAGUGCAUUGAACGAACCUUGUAAGCAGUGUUGUAUUUCGUUUAUUGAAUGCCAUAUUAUAAACGGUGAAACGUUGUAAACAUCGUUGGUUAAGCGACCAGGGGGGACAUGAACGGAACAGUUUUUUUUAACGCAAUUGUGCCAGUUUUGUUUUUAUUAUAGUGUUUUUACCGGAAAAUUUUAAAAUAAAGAAAAAAAAAAAAAACGCUUAAGAGCAAAACGUGUAUAACAUUGUGUGAUUUGCAAGAAAAGACGUGAUUUCUUUUCUGUUUUUAUUUUGUGUGAGCUAUUUAAAGCAAAAUUGAACAAGAGCGAACGUGUUAGAAACUAUGGUUGAACGAAUUCUAGAAGAGAACAUCGCCACAGAAAGUGGCAACGGGGGUAGUAGUUACGACAAUUCGAAUAGCAUUGAUAAUAUUAAUAACAAUAUCGAUACUACAGUUGCUGAAUGCAAUGACGGUGGGAACUCAAUCAUUGCCGCUAAUGCAAACGAACCAGAUAAAAACAAUUGCAAUCAAUUAACAGGUGGUCAUAACGACAUGAUGACACGCUACAGCAGCGAAGAUGUCUCCGGCAACGAAUUAAAUGAAUUGCCAAAAAUGACCGAAAUCGAACGUCAAGCCAAUUUCAAUCGUCAUAAGGAGGAAAUGCAACAGAAGCGUCGCAAAAAGAAGCGCACCAGCUCCUCAUUACAUUCAACUACUUUUCAAGAAUUGUAUAAGUUAACUGGCGAAAUCUUGGGUGAAGGUGCUUAUGCUUCUGUGCAAACAUGCGUUAACGUCUAUACUGAUUUAGAAUAUGCUGUUAAAGUUAUCGAUAAGAUACCCGGUCAUGCCCGAGCACGGGUAUUCCGUGAAGUGGAAACAUUCCAUCAUUGUCAGGGACAUCCAGGCAUUUUGCAAUUAAUCGAAUUCUUCGAAGACGAUGAAAAAUUUUAUUUGGUAUUUGAGAAAAUCAACGGCGGCCCAUUGCUAACACGUAUACAAGAACAUAUUUGCUUUUCCGAGCAUGAAGCCGCUCAGAUUAUUAAGGAAAUUGCUUCCGGCUUGGAUUUUUUGCACAAGAAAGGAAUUGCUCAUCGUGAUCUUAAGCCAGAGAAUAUUUUAUGCGUUUAUCCGGACAAAUUAUGUCCAAUUAAAAUAUGUGAUUUUGAUUUGGGUUCUGGCAUAAAAUUUACCACCGACAUAUCAUCGCCGGCGGCAACCCCGCAAUUACUUACACCGGUGGGCAGUGCUGAAUUUAUGGCACCAGAAGUAGUUGAUUUAUUUGUAGGUGAAGCAAACUAUUACGAUAAACGUUGCGAUCUAUGGUCUUUGGGUGUUAUAGCAUAUAUAUUGCUUUGCGGUUAUCCACCAUUUUCGGGUAAUUGCCAACAAGAUUGCGGUUGGAAUCGUGGUGAAAAUUGUCGCACCUGUCAGGAAUUAUUAUUUGAGUCCAUACAAGAAGGACGUUUUUGUUUUCCCGACCCCGAAUGGACAGAUGUUAGCGAAGAGGCCAAAGAUUUGAUACGCGGUCUUUUAGUUAAAGAAGCACCGAAACGCUUGAGUGCCGAGGCUGUUUUAAAUCAUCCUUGGAUCAAAAUAUCGGAAGAAGAACCACCCAAUAGUCGUAAAAUGGAAAAUCGACUUAAAGCUUUACGCACCGCCGGCAAUAUACGGCGCAAUCAAUCGGCUCGUGAAAUUUCACAAUUUGCUGAGUCCGCAAUGGCUGUGAAACGUGUCAUUCUGCAACACUUCUCUAUGCGUUACGAUUACUUAAAGGAACGUCCGAAUAUUUAUCAACCUUCACAAAAUUGUGUAGACGCCGGCGAAAUGAAAAUGAAUUUAUUUACGCCUCGUUCUGUUAAUGCGGCCGGUAUUUCGAUGAUAGCGAACAAGCGUCCCUCUUACGGCCGUAACCUAUUAAAUACACGACAAUCAAUAAAUAAGUAUGGUAGUAGCAAUGGUAAUGGUAACGGUAAUGGAGGUGAUUCACGUUCAGGUAUCCUUUCAACGCUUAAUGUUUACGCUGAGCAUGAACAUGAGCACGAUGAUGAUUUAGCUGAAGACGAAGAAUGGUGUGCUUUGGAUUAUUAUGAGGACAAUAAUCAUUAUCAAUGUGCCAAUAAUAAUAACAAAAACAACAGCAACAACAAUAAUAACAAUAAUAAUAAUAAUAAUGAAAUGAAUGAUCAACUCGAGGCUAUAGAAAACUAUCAUUCAUUGUGGCGUGAUUUAGAUGAAGAAGAAGAUUUCGAUGAGGCCGCUUAUUGUCUGGAUCAUACGUUAAGAACAGUAACGCAAGAUGACGAAGCAGGCGAUAAUGUUUCUAAUGAAAAUAAUAAUGAAAAAAUGGAGGAUCAAACAAAGGAUUACGCCGAGUUUACAAGUUCCUGGAAACGUGAUUAUUAUGAUAUCUACGACGAUGAGGAAAAUUCAGAAUUAUUGCUAUUUAAUAAAAUUGUUGAUACUGAUAACGGUGAGGAACACGAUGAACAAAUGCAGGCUGUACAAGAGCAAGAAACAAGUCUUUACUUAAACCGUUAUAAUGAUUGUAAUGAUGAUGAUGAUGAUAAUAAUUAUGAUAUUGGGCAUAAAUACAAUGACGAUGAUGACGACGACAACGACAACGACGACUAUAUAUUGGAAAGUAUUAGUGAUUUAAAGGCAAUGCUACCUGAAGAUGAUAACGUUGAGACUGGCAAAAAUCUUAAAGAUAAUUAUAUUGUUAAUCCCGAUAAUGAUGAUGAUGAUGAUGAUAAUAAUAAUAAUGAUGAUGAUGAUGAUGAGAAACAAGUUGCAGUUCAACAUCCAAAAAAAGAAGAGGACGUUAAAAUUUCCGAUUCCGUACCAUCUAUUAAGCCGACCAUACAUGUUAAAACAACAAUUUCUCAUAACCCACCAAUUGAUUCUAGUGAGGAUGAUGAUGAUGACGACGAUGAUGAUGAUGAUGAUGAUGUUAAUUAUUAUUAUUAUGAUGACAACCAUGAUAACGUCAAAGGAGAUGUUGAACAACAACUGCAACUUGUAAAGAAAGAAAAAUCACCUUUAAAUCCACAACGUUCGGUUUAUUUUGAUGUUGAAGACUCUUACCACAGUUACGAUGCCGAACUUGAAGAUGAUGAUGAAAUGGAGGAAUCUUUAGGAAUGAUUUUCAAAACUAAUCGCAAUAAUUUCUCUAAUGCAGGUUAUAUGAGACAAAAAUCUAUGCCGCACUAUCGCCAACAGCCACAAAAGCGUUACAAUAACAACGGCAAUAGAAAACUUCAGGCUCAGCCUAUUGAGAAUUGGCGUAAACGCGGCAAUAAUCGAUACAAUUGCGGUGAUAAUCAGCAACAACAGCCAUAUCGAAAAUAUCGUUCAUAUUACAAUAACGGUAUGGCUGGAAAUCAUCAACGCAAUUAUUUAGGGAGUUUUUCCCAUAGCGGCGGUCCACACUUAGCUCCUUUAGCACCUGUGGCAGCCCGUUCGAAACCUUUUGCUUUGCCCAAUUAUUAUCAUAACCGCCAUAACAGCGCUGGCAGCAGUGGCGGUACACCACCCUCAGAUGAUGGUGAUUAUAAUGCUAUGAAAUCACCAUCGUCCCCUAUACACAAUUGGCGCAAUGAUUGUAUCUACGCUUCGGCACGCAAUUCGAACGUGAAUCCGACGAUUACCGCCGCACGAAAACGCCAUACUCAACAGUCGAAACAACAACGACAACAACCGCCAACCUAUCGCGUUAAUCCGCCGCGCAUUGGUUCGGGACGUUUUCCCGCACGCUCCUCAGAGCCUGGACACAAUAAUGCCAGCCAAACUGGUUUCUUGUUAAACGAAAAUAAAAAGGCAUUGCCAUCGCUAGGUAUCGGCUUAUCGCCACCCAGUGAAAGUUUGUUAAUGCAACGACGUCUACAACGCAUGCAGCAGCAGCAACAAAUUAAUAUCAACGACAACAAUUGCAAAUCGCCACAAUAUCAAAGUCAGCAAAAUUUUUUAGGCAAUGGCAACGAUUUCAUACAAACAUCACAAGACUAUAAGUCAGCUGCGGCCGCUAGUGGCUAGUAAGAUUUCUUUCUGAAAGGAACAUUUGUUAUUUUCCACCAUUUGGCAAAUACCUAAAAAAAAAAAAAAAAACAAAAAAAAAACCAAAAACAUAAAAAGUUUAAAGCUUGAUAAUUCCUUUUUCUUUUAAGAAUUUGGCGAAUCAACAGAUGAUUCAGUGUGAACACAAACUUCUUUGUUACCGAUUAGUUCACGUAAUAGUUGUUUGCGUUUUCUCACGUCCGCCACGUAAUUAUAUUCGUUCUUUUAAGGUUUUUUUUUUUUUUUUGUUUCUGUAUUUUAUUUUAUUUUUAAUAUAAUACAUUGUUUUUCCGUCCGUUCUAUUUUCCUCCAGAUUCGAGAAUUUCUUCCUUUCCUAUACACAUAUUUUCUUUGAAAGAAGCCAAAAUUCUUUUCACGAAUCUAAAAAGCAUUUCAACAGCAUAAAAACAAAGUUCUUUUUCAAAGAUUUCAAAGAUUUUCUUUUCAAGUAUAUAUAUAAAUAUAUAUAUAUAAAUUGUGCGCCGUAAAAAAAAGUUUUUAUUACAGAAUACUAUCCAUUAAUCGUCCAUUUAUGUCAACUCUUUAAAAAAGAUCAUUUAUGGGCUACUUCUUAUGGAGUUAACACAUAUCAAAUAAAACUUUCAACUCCUUUUGUUAUAAAAAAUUGAAAAAAAGAAAAAAAAAAAUGAAUAAAAAUAACAUUUAGAAAAGAAGAAUCUGGCAAAAGAUCGUAAGAGAAAAGAAAAAAAAUACAAUAAUUUUUCGAAUACAGAGAAACUUUUAUACACUCAGAGGAGCUCGAUUAAAAUCUUAAAAGUGCCAUUAGCCGGAUAAGUGAUUGAUUGAACAUGUGCAUUAUAAUUUCUUUGAACAUUUUUUCUAUUUAUUCUAAUUAUUCUUCUUCAAUUGUUGCCUCUAGUUAUUCGUUUAAUAAUUUUAAUAUCUGUUCUACUUGAUACUCAUUUUCAUUCAACUUUGUUUUAUUUACCUCUUAUUCUCAAUUUCCACUCGUUAGUGCUGCUUCAUUAUUCACUUUAAUUCGAUCAAUUAAUCUUCGUUUCUAUUGCCCUUUCUUUAUAGUUCAAUUCAAUUUAAUAGGUGGUAGUUGGCCUCUUCUGAUAUUUGAAAUUUUGUAAUGCAUCAAAGCAUAGGCCAAGCAUUCCCAUUGCCAUUGUGAAGUGAUUCAAUAUUUGAAAAGAAGAAGAAGAAGAUCAUAAUAUAUUAUUUUAUAAUAUUAAAAAGAUUUUGUUUCAUUUUCUCCUUUCAUUAAAAACAUAAAUAAGUAAAUCUAUAAAAAAAAAUUAAAAAAAAAAGAAAGUGCUUGUGCAGACCUCCCUUCACCAACAAUUAUCGUGUUUGUGCUCUUGCGCAGCAACCUUCAAGCAACAAGUAUCAAAUCGAAAAAUUUUGCGUUAAAGUGUGUAGUGUUUUUGUUACUAAUGGGGAAGUUUCUCUUUUUUUUUCUUUUUUUUUUUUUGAAAUUCAUCAAAAAAUAACAAAACAAAGACUUUCUCUCUACGAUCUAUUAUUAUCAUGUCAAUACAAUAGUAAUCAUAUAAUGAAAAAAAAAAAAAUUUUAAAAUAAUUAACAAUAAUAAUAAUGAUUAUUAAAUAAAAAAAUUAUUAUUGUUAUUGUUUAUCUUUAUGCAUAAUACAGCUCCUGCACAGAAUUCUCAAGUAGGAAGACACUAUCAACACAAACAACAACUUUAGCAUAGAAUUCUCAACACUAAGAAAACACAAUCCACACAAACAACUUCAUCAUAUAGUUUUAAAAAAAAAAAAACACCUAUAACAACAUCAACAACCACAAUACAACUUGAGUACAUAACAGCUUAACUAAGACAAAAUUGAAGGAAAUUUCGACGACCAAUAAGCAAUAAAAUUAAAAGAGAAGAAGAAUUCAUAAUCUCAAAGUUUAUCUUAUCGUUAGCGAGCCUAAUCCAUUCAUCUAAACAAAACAAAAAAAAAUAUAUAUAUAUAUAUAUAUAUAUUACUAUUAUUAUUAUCCUUUUAUACUUUUAACUUUCUUCAAAAGUAAUAUUUUUUUUAAAAAAUUUACCAAAUUUUUCGGACUAGAAGACGCACCUUUUCACAUAGAAAAACGGACUCACAUUUUGGGUAUGGUCCGAAGGUAACAUUAAAAUAUUUUUUCAAUAACUCGUCUCUACUUAUGAAGUACAUGAGGUACGGCAACAAUAGUUCAGAUGAAAAUAAUACGAACUGUGAUAUUAACGAUACGAACACCGACAGUGAAAAUGAACUGAAUAUUACUAGAACGAGUUAUGUUAACAAUAAAUAAAUAUUUUGAUCCGAAAGUAACAUUAAAAUAUAUUAUUAAAAUAUAUUUUUUUAAAAACCAGGUUAAAAAAUUAAAAGUCCGAAAACAGUCCGAAAAAUAUCGUAAUCAGUUAUAGCGUAAAAUGGUAGAAACUUUACUCUUUCAUUGUAUGUAUGUACAUUCCAUUCGUGAAAUUUGCUAAUUAUUCUCGAGUAGUCGCCAACAAUUAUCAACAAACAGUCUCAAGAAUGUUGCCGUUUUCUGAAUAUUGUUGAGCAUUAAUCACGUGUUCGUACAAUGCGCACAUAAUUCAUAUCCCAUUGUUCGAGAUCAGUCAAUCGCGUUGCCAUAUUUUAUUUUUCUCCGACUAUUUUGCUUUUCACGUUUUCAUGCUUUGCAUGUAUUUUGAUCAGCGACAUUUAUUGGUGCAAAUGAUGGAAAGUCAAUCAAUGUAAACUAUGGCUAAAUUCGAUGCUUUUUUGUCAACAAACACUUUGAGAAGCUUAUUUUGAUGCUGCUCCAUCAUAUGCCAAUUGCCGAUUUUUUUCAAGUGAACAAAAGAUAAUCAAAAUACAUGCAAGUGUACAGCGAGAAUACUAUAAGUGAAAAAAAGACCCAGGAGUGUUUUGUUCGAUUUCGUUACGGAUAUUUGAAUGUCAAAAGUGAAUCUCGCUCUGUUCGGCCAGUCGAUGAUAUUUUGCAACACGUGUAGCAAGGCCGGCACCCAAGCUCAGGGAAUAGUGGAGAUACUAACUACAUCACACCACAUGACAGUUUGAAAUUAUUUGAAGCCUGCUCUGCCCGUGGAGACUUCUUAUACCAUCCAUUAUUUGACUUUUGCUUUUCGUAAGUGGUCCAUGCAUAGUUUCUCUACGGAAUAGAAUAUCAGGCCCGAAACUUUGUAUUGUUCCUUGUAUCUUAUGCCUAUUAAGAUAAUACCUAAUCUUUCCUUUGCAUAAGCAAUGGUUACAUAGUUGCCUCGCUCGAUAAGAAUAUCAUUUUUUUAUGUAAAUUGAACGGCGAAAAUAGUUGAAAGGUGAUAAAAAUAGUGAUAUAUCAUAUCUUGUAAUUAUUCACUUUAUGUUAGUUAGAUUAUAAUGGAUAUAUGUCCGAUGGAUCAUGUCCGCCGCGUCUUUCUUUCAUAAAUUUUUGUAAUUAAUAGAAAUUGUUAUAAAGGUUAUCACAGAGUGAAUCAAAUUACACGGGAAGAAGAAAAUAGAGAGGUUACAACAUUUUGCAAUAAUCAAAUCUUUUUUUUUUUUUUAUUUAAUUUGUGAAAAAAAAGAAGAAAACUUUCGAAUUUCUAAAGCUUUUAAAAGUAAAGCUCAACGAAUUUCAAGGUUUUAAAAGCAAAAAAAAAAUUACAUACAU